UCAUGAUUCCCCCAAAAUUUGAAGGAGCCGGAGUUCUUAAGAAAGAGCCCUGAGAGCCGUCCGGUUCGUAUCGGCGGUGACAGCAGCGACUACACAGAAAGCUCACAACUACCACCUGAGGUACAGUACAGUGCCUCGGCACGGGGAUAAAGGUCAGAGAGGGUCACUGCGCCGGAAAUUCGGGCCCGGCCCACACCAGCCCCUACGCUCCGCAAUCAAAUCUAGGAGAAAACGUCACUGCUGCUGGGUUUCGCUCCAUCCUGGGCGCCCCUCAAUUGCGCUGCCCCUCAAUCCGCAGUUCGACUCUUUUUCGCAGCCCAGAUCGCGCCCGCUCACCGCACAGCUCAAGUCUGGACCGUUGGACACGGCGCACAAUGGAUCAACCCGGGGCCCCCGAAUUCAUACUCGAGGCUUUUGCGGACCCGAAUUCGGUGCGUGAGGUCGUCCGCGGAAUUCUCCAUACCAUCUUCUUUCUGCGCUUCUUUCCCACCAUCCUCCCGCAAACCCGCGACGUGCUCGGACUCGAGCUUGCUUACGUACCCGACGCCGAAAUCGAGACUCUCAUCGACCAGCGCGUGGACGCGCUUGUGCGCCAGCUAGAAUUAGAGCGUCAUCAGUCCCAUAAUCCGUCUUCCGAGCGGGGCCUCGGCCUCGGACUGGGCCUGACCGGAACCCCUCCUCCGCCGGGCUCGGGCAGCGGCAACAGCGGCUGGGGCAGCCGCGGGCAAAUCACAGUCCAAUUCCUCGAGAAGCGCCGGCGCAAGACAUGGUACGCCAUGCGCGGCGACGACGAAGUCUGCUGGGAGAGUUGGACGGUCAAAGUAGCCGUUGCCGACCCGCGGACAGAAGCCGAACGUGCCAAAGUCCGCCGCGCCUCCGAAACAACCUUGCGCAACGCCAUCUUUAAAGCCAGCACCCUCGCCAACGAACACAAAGACCACAUACCGCCCAUCACCACCACCGAGUCGAAUCCCUUCCCCUACCAGAUCCACAUCGGCGGCGGCGGCGGCGGCCACCCUCACCGUUCCCGUUCACCCCUCCAACAACCGCAACAGCAACAACAUCACCACAGGAGCAGUAGCAGCGGCGGCGGCGGUGGCGGUAGCAGCAGCAGCAACAGCAGUGGUCCAGCGCAGGUCGCGACCACCAUCAGCCCCGCCGCCGGCGCCGCGAGGCGGGGGUUAGUAGGCACCGUGGGAGGCAGCACGGGCGCCGCCGUGACGGGGUGGGCGACGCGCAUGGGCAUUUAUUAGGCGAGGACUGUUCAGGCAUGCGGUUGUUGCUGUCGCCGCUUGUCGACGGACGAGGAGGGGGGGGGGGUGU